ACGUUCCAAAAACGGGUACUAUCGGAUCGGGUGAAUUAGAGAAUAGACAGAGGUCCGUUGGCAUUUCAGCCUUUCUUCUCCUUUCAGGGCCUAUCCGAAAGAGAAUCCAGUACCUCUUGGUCCUGAAUAUCAGAAUAGGACGAACGAACCGGCCUCCGCGGAUAUCUUUGCUUCGGAACAAAACCCUGCAAUCAAAUAGAUUGUCCCAAGGGCGCCAUAUUCUAGGAGCCCAAGUUAUGCUAUUGAAAAUUCGUUCCUCUAGCAGUUCCGGUUUGAGCAUUCCGUUCCCUUUUUCAAACUCCACUUCUUUUCAUAUAGCAAUCCCUGAUCAAAGAGAGAACAAUAUCCAUUUCAAAACAUUUCUAACAGAUUCCUUAGUUCGGACCGACGAAGUAAUGUCACUCGACUAUUAUCAACCUGACUGCAAUCUUUUUCUGUCGGUAAGGAUUGCACCAGAGCACCUUCUACUUCUAAUAGGCCAUGAACUAUAGAUAGAGAAGAAUCAUUCUGAGCGAGUACAUAAGAAGCGAUCCACUUUUUUUCAUCGGUUCCAGGGGAAGACCAAAGAUCUUGCGCGGCAGGUCCGCCAGAAAAACUCAAAAGAGAAAGAAGUCUCGUUAAUCUCUUCAUGCUCGUUCCAAGUUCGAAGUACCUUUUGGCCAAAGAAAAACCCGCUUCCUGACACGAUUGCCUCUUUAUCUUUAUAUAGAUAGAUUCUAUGGGGUUAUUACUUAGUAAGUCUAUUUUGUACAAGAGCCCCUCCUAUCUGAUAGAAAAGGGUCCCAUGAUCCCGAGCCGAUCUUACCUUGGCUCGCAAACCCCAAGUUUGUCUAUGAAGAGCUAAUCUAAUUGUAUUUUUUUCUAGAAUGGAUUUCUUAUGUGGAAUACUAAUGGAUAGGGCUUCGUUGCUAAGUGCUACAAGAUCUAGUGCACUGGAACUCGUGGUUAUGGACCCGAAUCCUUUAGUAUGGAACAUUGUCUUUUCCAAGUAAAAACCCCUAGUAUAUGAAAGAAUGAAAAGGUGCUUUCGUUCUUGUGGAAUAAGAAGCCCUCGUACCUUAAUGAAAGGAAAAUCGUAAUUUUUCGUUAGGUAUUUGACCAAAUAGGAUCGUCCAGUUCCUACAGAACCUAUCACUAAAAUACCCGAUAGGGCUAAGCGGAACGAAAAGGGUUUUCCAUGAGAUGGUAAAUGAAAACGAUUAGUCCCACACGAGGUUUGGGAAUAAGUGAUUGUCUGAUAAUGAGCAAGGAAUAUACGUCUUUCUGCUAAAGAGGAUCUAUUAAACUCAUAAUUCAUUAGAUCCUUGUUAUCAAUGCCAACUAGGUAUCAUAAGUAAAUGGAUCCCGGUUGUUCAAUCCUUUGAUAACCAAGGUCAUUCUUUGCUAAAGAGAAAUGAUCACUAUGAGUCAGACUCAAUAGAAUUGGAUCCAUUCCAAAUAGCGAGAAUUAGGAUUCUUGAUCCCUCUCAAUCUCUCUUUCAAUUCGAGGAUCCAGAGAGGUGUUUUCAUAGUCAUCUCCGAAUAUUUGCCAUCUCGGAAUAUUUUCGA